GCGGAGGGGCGGGGAGCGCCUCCAAAGGGGACUGUUUGCUCCUACGGGCUGUAGAUGGAGCUGUCCGGCCCCGGCGAGGGGGAAGGCGCCUGGAAACCGUUCUUCUUCUCCCUGGCCGGCCCGAGCGGGGAACAGCACUCCCAGGAUGCAGUUUGUGUCAACACGGCCGCAGCCUCAGCAGCUGGGCAUUCAGGGCCUUGGGUUGGACAGCGGGAGCUGGAGCUGGGCCCAGGCUCUGCCCCCGGAGGAGGUCUGCCACCAGGAGCCGGCGCUGCGCGGGGAAAUGGCCGAGGGAAUGCCGCCCAUGCAGGCGCAAGAAUGGGACAUGGACGCCCGGCGACCAAUGCCUUUUCAGUUCCCGCCCUUCCCGGACCGGGCUCCCGUCUUCCCUGACCGCGUGAUGAGAGAGCCCCAGCUGCCCACGGCGGAGAUCUCACUCUGGACCGUGGUGGCCGCCAUUCAAGCGGUGGAGAGGAAGGUGGACGCCCAGGCCAGCCAGCUGCUGAACCUGGAGGGGCGGACGGGGACGGCAGAGAAGAAGCUGGCCGACUGCGAGAAGACGGCCGUGGAGUUCGGGAACCACAUGGAGAGCAAGUGGGCCGUGCUGGGCACGCUGCUGCAGGAGUACGGGCUGCUGCAGAGGCGCCUGGAGAACAUGGAGAACCUGCUGAGGAACAGGAACUUCUGGGUGCUGCGGCUGCCCCCGGGCAGCAAGGGGGAGGUCCCCAAGGUUCCCGUGACUUUUGUCGACAUUGCCGUCUACUUCUCCGAGGACGAGUGGAAGAACCUGGACGAGUGGCAGAAGGAGCUGUACAACAACCUCGUGAAGGAGAACUACAAGACCCUCAUGUCCCUGGAUGCGGAGGGUCCAGGGCCCAAGCCAGAGGCCCCGUCCCAGGCUGAGCCCAGGGAAGAGCCUUGCGUGUGGGAGCAGCGUGACCCAGAGGAGAGAGAAAUCCUGAUGGACCCGGACACAGGAGCAGAGCCCCUGGUGCCCGCCCAGGAUGCGUCCUCGCAGGUGAAGCGGGAGGAAGCCCUGUGUGCCCGGAGUCAGCGGGGCCUGGAGGAGAGAGCCGCCCCCGCGGAGCCCAUUACCGACUCGCCAGCCUCCGCCCAGGACCUGCUGUCCCGGAUCAAGCAGGAGGAGCACCCGUGUGUGUGGGACCAGCAGGACCUGGCCGAGAGAGAUAUCCCGACGGACCCCAACUCAGAGUCUCUGAUCUCAGCACAUGACAUCUUGUCGUGGAUCAAGCAGGAGGAGCAGCCGUACCCAUGGGGCCCCCGCGACUCCAUGGAAGGAGAGCUCGGAUUGGACUCUGGCCCCAGUGACAACCUGCUGCUGGUGAAGAACCCGGCCCCGGCCCCGCCGCCGCCGCAGCCCGCUCCUCCGAGCCUGCCCGCAGCCCCGGCCGCGGCGGCGGAGAGCACGGGCGGCCCCCCAAGCCGGGGCGCAGCGGGGCUGCUGGACGAGGGCUUCCCAGCGGCCCUGUCCGGGGAGCGCGGCGCGGCUGGCGGGGCGCAGGCUGGCGGCGGGGGCGCCGGAGGGGGCCCGGAGGGCGGCGGGGGCUGCGGCAGCUGCUGCCCGGGGGGCGGGCUGCGGCGGGGCCUCCUGCACGGCGCGCGCAGCAAGCCCUACUCCUGCCCAGAGUGCGGCAAGUGCUUCGGCGUGCGCAAGAGCCUCAUCAUCCACCACCGCAGCCACACCAAGGAGCGGCCGUACGAGUGCGCCGAGUGCGAGAAGAGCUUCAACUGCCACUCGGGCCUCAUCCGGCACCAGAUGACGCACCGCGGCGAGCGGCCCUACAAGUGCUCCGAGUGCGAGAAGACCUACAGCCGCAAGGAGCACCUGCAGAACCACCAGCGGCUGCACACGGGCGAGCGGCCCUUCCAGUGCGCGCUGUGCGGCAAGAGCUUCAUCCGCAAGCAGAACCUGCUCAAGCACCAGCGCAUCCACACGGGCGAGCGGCCCUACACGUGCGGCGAGUGCGGCAAGAGCUUCCGCUACAAGGAGUCGCUCAAGGACCACCUGCGGGUGCACAGCGGCGGCCCGGGCGUCGGGGCCCCGCGGCCCCUGCAGGCGCCGCCCGAGCGAGACUAGGGCUGGGCUGGGGGAGGGAGGGCCCCGCGGCAGGAGCAGGGGUGCGGCGGGCCUAGGGGCGGCCUGACGACCCUGGAUCCUGCUCGUGGCUCCCGGUGCGCCUUCCCUCCCUCCGCCCGCCACCUGCUGGAAAUCGGGAAUAGGAAUUGCACUCUAAACAGGGUCCCCAGUGGCUGGGCGGGGCUCCCCUAGACCCGUCCGGCCUGAAUGGACAGCUCACCCAGCUCAUCUCGCAGAGUGGACCAAGGGGCCGGCUGAGCGGCUUCCCGCAGGGUAGGGGCCAGAGGGACAGUGGCCAGAGGCUUCGGGCACCCCCCUCAGACACCUACAGCGCCCACUUGGCCGCUGGGGUCCCAGAUGGUGAUCGGGGGAGGCAACCAGGGCGCCUCGAAGCCUGAGGUCAGGAAAUCAGGUCCGAAGGGCGAGAGGCGGGAGAAGGAAGCGAAGGUGUGGCCGCGCAGAGGGAUGCGCUAAGGAAAGGAUACCACCUCUAUGGCGACAACACUGCCUCGCGUUUCAAUAGCGCUUUGUAACUUUUUUAAACGUGUUUUCUAUCCGUUACUUAUCUUCACCCUUAGCCUAUCCCUCUGCAGCCGGUGGGGGAGGGUUUGCCUGACUCGGUGACCGAGGAGAGGAGAUGCGGGUCGGAUGGUGUAGCCCGAAUCACACCAGGAGAGCGGGCGGAGCUGGGACCAGGGCUCCGGCGCCCGGCGCAGUGCCCCCCACCCCACACACGGCCUACCUCCGACGCUUGAGAGACAGGCCUCCCUGGCCUGGCCUCUCCCGGUCUCUCUCCUCUCCCUUGCCCCUGACCCACCAAAAAUAAUCAGAAGCAACCUGGGACCACUCGUGGGGCACCUGGGCGUGGGGCACCGUGGGCUGCAGCGUGCCCCGGGUUGCGCUUCUGGAAGGCUCCUCCUAUGUGGGCAUUCUCGGGCCCCAGGGCCCUGUCCCCUUCGGCCUGCCACCUCCAAGCCCCUCAAUAUGGUGCAGCACAGGCCCUCCGCGGCAGCCGGCGCCCUGGGUCAGACCUCACCCUGGCGACGUAUUCCAGUUUCCCCAGGGCGGAGCGGCGAGAGCCAGGCUCGCGCUGCGGGGGCUGCCGGCGCGGAAAUGAGUCUCUCCCCAGGAGGGCCAGGCACGUGGGUGCUAGAGGCCUAGAGCCUCAGUCUCUGCCCUGCCCUGCCCUGGGCCACCCCACCGGUGCUAUCUGUUAACUGCCUAUGGACAUGAACUCAGACCCUGCCGGCGCCUCGGGAGGCGCCCCAAGGACUCCCCUGUGUUGGUGCAAUGCUCCGUGGCCCCGAGGGGCCACAGUCUCCAUUUCUGCGUCUUGCAUGGCCAGGCACUGGGCCGGGGCGGCAUGCCCCAGGACCCUCGUUUGUGUCGAGAAUGACUUUUCCUGCUCCGCCCACCCACCCCACUUCUCCCGCCGGCACCGCCGCCGCCGGGAGCUCGGUGGGCAGCCAGCACCUGGCACCACGUUUGUGAGCGCUCCGCUUCCUCCCUCGUCCGCGCAGCUUGGCUUUCCUCAGACCCCUUUCUGCCAUGCAAAGGGAAUUCUUGAAGUGAAAUAAAAGAUGUCCAGAUUGCA